UUCUCUGCUUAAAAUUAAGUUUAAGCGUGGCAGACGACAGCAGACAAAGAGAGUUUAAGGAAAUCCGGUUGAAGUUACUCACUUUUGAUCUGCUGACAUUUCAGUGACAUUUCUCGGCUAACGUGCGAACGUUUUACUUCGUUCACUGUGAUAAUUUGAAUUUUUUAGUAGAAUAAUAAUGUUGACAAUUAAGGAACGCAAAUAAUAUAGUUCCAUAUUAGUGAAAAUAAAUCCAUAUUAGUGUUAGAGACUUAAAUAAGGCGGUUAUGAGGCUUCCGUAUCAAAAACUGCCUAUUCUACAAUAUUUUUCCCUUAUUUUUCAUUUAAUUUAUCAAAAUCGUUAUGGCAGAAAAGUGUAAGGUAUGUGACAGUGAAAAGCACUCAUUCAUUUUUGUGAGUUUUCAAAACAUUUAAAAGAACAAAAAAAAAUAAUAUAUACAUAUAUAAAUACACGCACACAUACGUACGUUCAUGAAUCAAUCACUUUGUCAUAAAUAUGUUAUGCUGGAUUAAAGCACAGAAAAUGCUUAGAAGCGCUUUUGUUAAAGGAAUGUGGCUGUGAAUGCACAAAAUGUACGGAGAAGGAUCUUCGUCAAUGUGACAUGCACUUGCAUGUGGAAAUAGAAAAUCUACGUCAAAGGUUGUUGGAAAGGGAUAACCAUAUUGUAACAAUGGAGACACAAUUUUUAAACGAAGCUGAAAAAUUUCCUAAUGGAGAGUUGGCUUCUAUCAAGGAAGAGAUUCUCAUUUGGCAAGAGAAGUAUCAAAGGUUGCAUGAUGCGCACAAAAGAGUUCAAAAAGUUAACCAAAAUCUUGAAGAUAAAUUACUCAGAAUAGUCGACAAGUGUGAAAGCGAAAAGGGUACUUUCACUAAGGAUAUAGCUACUUUGUCGCACCGAUUGGCUGAUGCUAAUUAUACUAUUCAUCGUUUGACUCAAGAUAAUGAAAGGUAUAGAAAUGAUGUGAAUUUAGCUAUUCAACUACUUCAGUGUAAGCCUUCUAAUUUUGUUGGACAAAAAUAUGAUUCGUUGCCAACUGAAGUACAAGCUAAAGUUCGAACAUACAUUGCCCAUAAAAGAUGUUCUAAAGAUUCAUCGCAGCCCAAUAUGAAAAGCAUUAUUGUACCUAUAUCAACAUUUCCUCCUACUGCGAUGGUUUACAAUAUAUCUAAGCAAGGAGUGGAAAAACAUAGUGAUGAAGAUGAUAUAGAAGAAUCUAAGCCUCCCGUUGACGUAGUAUCGGCAGCUAUUAUGGCCAAAGUAUUGGAAGACAGAGAAAAAGAAAGAAUUUUUGCUAAACACUGUGAUACGUGCACAUGUCAUAAAAGUAUUUUAUUGAUCGAUGCCGAAUGCCAAACGGUGAAUAAUUCUGAUGCUUCAUGUAACGAAUGCACUUUGAGACAUGUACAGACUGAAGAGAAGCAUUCUGAAUAUUUAAACAAAGUUAAUAAAUCGUUUCAAACUAAAAGUAAUCAAAAUUCUAAUGCAAAUUUGAUAUUUCAAAGACAUUGUCAAGAUGGUGUCGACAAUGGUACCACCCAUUUUCAUAAUAAUGCAGAUUGUACAAAAUAUUCAAAUUCCACACAGUAUUUAUAUAAUGUUAAAGAUAGUAAACUUGCCAUUAAAGGUAAUAAAAAUUUACCAGAUUUAAGGGAUGAUAAUAAAAAGGAUUCUAUGCGACAAGACAAUAUGGAAGUUCAUACUCAAGUUGAAAUAUUAAGUAGUGACAAGCAAACAUCUUUAAGAAGCAACAGAAACAUUAAUACGUCUUCUAAUAUAAUAACCAAUAUUCCUCCACUUUCUAGUACGUCUGUUACCUUUAAUAAUAUUAUAUCAACAAAUACUGUUAAUAGCAUUAGUGGAGAUCAAUCAAAACAAACACGAACAAAUAAAAAAUCUGAUUUUCUACUAGAUGCUAGUAAAUCUAAUACAAGCAAUUGGACUAAUUAUGAAACCGAAACGUCUCCCUCUUCUCAUAAUACGUCUGAAAAUACGAAAAAAUAUUUUAGCAAUAAUGAACAGACUCAGAUAGAUAUUAUUAACGACAGAUUAUGGAAGAAUGAAUGGAUAAAAGCAAAAUCGAAUGCGAAUAUAAAGGAUAAAAGUAAUGAUAAUAUUAUUAGUGAUAAUGGGAUAGAUAUUAUUAAUAAUAGAGAUUGGAAAAAUAAUAGAAUUUGGACGGAACCUCAGAAUCCUACUCAUUUAACUUUGAUUGAAGUGAAAAAUAUAGAUAAUGUGGCUCACAAUGACUGUCGACAAGUUGAAAUUGCUACUAGUCCGAGUUUUAGUAGCGACAGUGUUGUCAUUUCAACCUCCGAUCCUCCUAGUAGCUCUAGCGAUAUUCUACAAUCUUCUAGUGGAGUACAAUCAAGUAAUUCAGUUAAUAAUCAAAAAUCUAAUUUCAAUAAUCGUACUUUAGGUUCAAGAUCUUGUCUUGUACGGGUAACAACACAUGGAUCCAAAAAUAUUCCUAUAGAUAAUACUGGACAUUGUAAAGCAACCUUAUUUACAAAUGGAAAUAGUAAACCGAAUGCAGCUUUAGUGCACACAAAAAAAACAACUACGAUUGGAUCAGAGAGAUUACCGUCUGUCACUAAUGAUAAACAUUCAGUUUUAUUACAAGAUAGUAACCAGUUACAAAGAGUAGCGGAAUGGGUUCAAUCGUCUGCUUGCAUAGACAAUUCUGUACAAAAUAAUUUUAAUGGUUUAAAAAUGAAAGAUAAUAUGGGAAAGAAAGAAGAAACCUGUUUGUUUGCUUACGCUAACGAAAUUACUUCUAAUCAUAAACCUUUUCAACUAAGUAACAAGCAAUGCCAUGAUAUAAAUAAAAAAGAAGAAUUAAAUAAGGAAAUAGAUAGCAAUAAAGAAAUAGAUUCUUUAUUAAAUGCGACGAAUGUUAAUAGUACGCCGAUAGACGACAAGGAAAAAGACCUAAUUACAUUUGAUAUACCUAAUGAAGAUGAAAAGUCGCAUUUGUCUGUAAAUGAUAAAAAUUCUCUUGAUAAUAGUUACGAAGUUAAGAUAACGAGAGAAAUGGAAGAAACGUAUUUAAAGUUAGCAGCGAGUUUAGAUACAGUAACGCUUAGUUUAUCCGACGUAAAUAAUACCGAUAUUACGAUUGAAAAAUAUAGGAAGAGUUACAAAAGGCUUCACGCCCAAAGAUCUCACGAUAAAUUAGGAUCUAUGACUUAAGCGUUUUGGCUCUUUUCAAAGAUUGCUACUUUUGCAGGAAGUUCCUUUUAAUGAUAUCAGAGUCUUAUUUUUUGUAAAAACACGAUAAACUAAGGCUGUACCAAGUUGAGUCAUUUAGAAUGGAAGUUCUACGUGUACAUGUCAAUGCAAAAGAUUAAAGAAUUUUCAUUUAAGUAUAGAAUAUAGAUCAUUAUAAUUCCGUAUAUUAAAUCUGUAAGGAUACCUGAAGAAUAGUGUCUUUGUAUUAACUUCGGCCUAUAGCUUUUACUUUUAAUAUUAUUAGUAACAAAUAAUAACUGAAAUUAGAUACAAAGAAUUUAUAGUAUACUAUAAAUUAUUCAAAUCAUUUUUACAAUAUCGCUAAUAAAGUUCUUGUCGCCUUGUAUUAAUAUUACAAUAUUUUAAUGGAACUAAUUCUGAUCUCUAAUUGAUCAUUCGUAAACUCUCUCCAAUUGGCAUAAACUAAAUCCUCAAACAAAAAAUACAAAAAAAAAAGUAAAAAAAUAUAAAAAAUAUCUUAACAAAUAAGAAGUUACAACUUAUUAUAUUAUUGGUAUAUAUGCGAUACCACUGAUACGAGAAUUUCAAAGCAUACGAAGAAAUUAUUCUAUAAUAUUGUCAGUUGAAGAGCGAUAUUAAAAGAAGAAUUAUCAAGUUACAAAAAUUAAAGCCGCUAAUAAAGAAAAAAAAAGCAAAGCUAAUCUCAGUAUAAAGCUACCGAUAAACAAAUAAAUGAUGGAUCGUAAAUGUCGAACAGAUGGUAAUUUAUCGUUGCACAAAAAGUAUUCAUUACUAUUCACCGCAAUCAAGAAGAAGAUUUCUAUAAUUAAUCUAAAUAGAUAAAAUAUAAUAUUACCUCUAAAUCUAAAAAAAAAAAAUCUUAGCUGAUCUUACAUACUUACGUUUUUCUUUGAUGCUGCACUACGAUCAUUGGAAGGCACAAUAGUAAUCAAGCAGGUUAGUAGAAUAUCCAUUUUGGGACCUUGGGGGCUAUCCGAACAGCUCUCCUUCCCUCUUCUAACCCUUUUAAAAAUAUGAUUAUUACAAUAAAUAAUAUAUUUUUUGUUGAAUGUGAGUGUGUGUAUGAGUGUAUGUAACUAACUAAGUAAAUGACGUGUGUAUGUUUGCCUGAUUGUAAAGAAAAAAACGACAAUAUUAAUAUUAAACCUAAUCGCGUUCGGAGGAUAUUUCAAUAAUUGAAGAAACUCGAUAAAGUCAAGAGUUAUAGAAAAAUAAGAUGUUACUCAAA